AUGCUUCUGAGUGUGGAAUCUGAGGAGGAAGCAAUACAAGUGGUUCGAGAAGUACAGACAGUGCACAGGUCAGCAGGCUUCGAAAUGCGGAACUGGAUCUCCAACUCACCCAGAGUUGUGGCAGCUAUGAGCGAAACAGGCUCCGAUGAGAAAAGCCUCAGUAUCGGCGACAAACACGUGUCAGAACGGGUUCUCGGAAUGUGGUGGAACACCUCAACAGACUGCUUCACAUAUAAAAUGUCACCGCGGUACGAGCAGCUACUGAUCAGUGGGCAGCGUCGACCGACAAAACGCGAAGUGCUUCGUACAUUAAUGAUGAUAUUCGAUCCCUUAGGACUCAUAGCACACUUCCUACUGCAACUAAAAUCCUUGCUGCAAGAAAUCUGGAGAACUUCAGUCGGCUGGGAUGACCCCAUCGAUGAGUCGUUGUUUCAAAAGUGGUUGGCAUGGCUGACAGUGUUGCCGCAGGUAUCGUCUAUCGAAAUACCUCGAUGCUACCGAACACUCACAUCCGCGACGGACGGAACGGUGGUACAACUGCACACGUUCGUCGACGCAAGCGAGAACGGUUUCGCAGCUGCAGUGUAUUUGCGUUUUCAGGAAGGAGAAACCAUCGAAUGCAGACUGGCCGGAGCAAAGACGAGAGUCGCGCCGUUAAAGUUUCUCUCCAUUCCGAAGUCCGAACUGCAAGCCGCUGUGAUAGGUGUGAGAUUAGCGGGAACCAUUGCCCAAUCGCUAUCCGUCAAAAUCAAUCAACGUUUCUUCUGGACUGACUCCAGAGAUGUCCUCUGCUGGCUCAACUCGGAUCACCGUCGGUAUAGCCAAUUCGUGGCCUUCCGUGUUAGCGAGAUCCUGGAAACGACGAACGUCAACGAAUGGCAGUGGGUGCCAACGAAGCUGAACGUGGCAGACGAGGGAACCAAAUGGACACGAGCUCCAGAUAUGACUGCCUCCAGUCGAUGGUUUUGCAGUCCCAAUUUUCUCUGGCAACCGAAGAAAGCAUGGCCUGUUUCCCCGCACUCAUCGACUAAAGAGGAGUUACGGCCUCAUCUUCUGCUUCAUACCAUGCCGUUGGACCCAGUGGUUCAGCCACAUGAUUUCUCGGAAUGGUCUUCUCUACUGCGCCGAAUGGCUUAUGUGACCCGUUUCGUGGACAACCUGAGGCAAGCUAAGAUGAAAAAACCAAGGCAGAGUGGCCCUCUGACUCGUGACGAGCUAAGAAAAGCGGAAAAUUACCUGUUUCGUCUUGCACAGCGCAGUGCGUAUCCCGAUGAGAUAGCAGUCCUGAAUGAACCGUUAUCAACCACCCAGCAACGCAAGUUUAUAAAAAACAACAGUUCGCUAAGCAAGAUGUGCGCAUUUCUUGACAAGAACGGCGUUCUAAGGGCCCGCGGCCGAACCCAAGAAUGUAAAUUCACAGAUUACGACGCCGCUAAUCCGGUUAUUCUUCCACGGAAUCACCACAUCACUAGGCUUAUCGUGUCCAACGCACACAAGCAGUUUAACCACCAGAACCAUGAGACGAUCAUCAACGAGCUUCGCCAGCGAUUCCGCAGUCCACGUCUGAAGGCAACGUACCGUGCGAUCCGGAAAGAGUGCCAACAGUGUAAAAAUAACCAGGCUGCCCCGCAACCACCUACGAUGGCCGAUCUACCACUCGCUCGCCUGGCUGCCUUUGCUCGACCAUUUACGUACAUGGGGAUAGACUAUUUUGGCCCAAUGACGGUAUCCGUCGGACGACGCACAGAGAAACGUUGGGGGGUACUGGCAACAUGUCUUACCAUUCGCGCCGUACACUUAGAACUCGCUCACACACUGACGACAGAUUCCUGUAUGAUGGCUAUACGGAACAUCUUUGCUAGAAGGGGAGUUCCGGCAGUGAUCUACAGCGACCGUGGCACAAACUUCCAGGGCGCCAGUAAGGAGCUGCAGCUAGCGCUACAGGAACUCGACGACGACCGGCUGAUGCGGGAGUUCACUACGGCUCGAACGGAAUGGACUUUCAAUCCGCCAGCCUCUCCCCACAUGGGGGGAGCUUGGGAGCGUCUGGUUCAGUCCGUGAAACGGAACCUAACUGUUCUGCAAUCGAAUGCUACGCCAACUCACGAGGUGCUCCAGAACGCGUUGGUGGAAGUUGAGAACGUUCUCAACUCGCGGCCACUCACUAGCGUCCCGCUGGAGGAUGACGAAUCUCCAGUGCUGACGCCCAACCACUUUCUGCUGGGUAGUCAAAAUGGCCUACAACCGUGGGUGCCGUUCGAUGACAGCUCUGCAGCUCUACGAAACAGCUGGCAACGUUCGCAGACCAUGGCUAACCGGUUCUGGAAGCUGUGGGUUAGAGACUAUCUUCCAACACUAACUCGGAAACCGAAGUGGCUCACACCAGUAAAACCCAUUGCAGUCGGCGACGUCGUCGUCAUCGUGGACCCAAACCUACGGCGGAACUGCUGGCCGAAGAGUCGAGUUAUCUGUGUCAAACCUGGUGCAGAUGGACAAGUGAGAUGGGCGACGGUGCAGACAGCCAACGGAAUCUACGAGAGACCUGCCGUUAAACUCGCUGUCCUGGACGUAGGCGUUGAGAAGAAUGCUCUUCAGGAAGACCCUAACCGCAUUCCGGGGGGAGUGUUAAUAGCGCCAUACAGUUCAGCGAGCCCCUCGGCGCCCAUACAGCAAAUCAACAUCAACAAACCGCGCCCUUCGCCUUCUCGAGGGAUUGGCACGAAUAUCGGUCACGGACAAGACAGUCAGAUAGGAAGAAAGAAAAAAAGUCAAGUCAUUCGGUAA